AUGCCUCUCUACCAGCCCCCAGACGUCAACGCCCAUGUCCUCUCCCAGUUCUCCCUGAAGGGCAAGAUAGUGGCUGUGACGGGCGGUGCCCGGGGAAUUGGUCUCGAAGUGGUCCGCGGCAUGGCAGAAGCUGGUGCCGAUGUGGCUGUCAUCUACUCCACGAGCACAGACGCACCCGAGAUCGCCGCCAAGAUUGCCCGCGAGACAGGCGUGCGCGUUGAGGCCUUCCAAUCCAAUGUGGCCUCUCGGGAUUCCAUAAGCAAGACCCUGAGCCAGAUUGCCGCCGGCUUCGGUCGCGGUCGAUUAGACGUCGUGGUCGCCAACGCCGGCGUCUGCGCCAACAUCCCUAACUUGGAGUAUACAGAGGAGACGUGGGCCAAGAACAACAGCGUCAACUAUGACGGUGUGAUGUGGACUGCACAAGCCGCCGGAAACAUCUUCAAGAAGCAGGGGAAGGGCAAUCUGAUCAUCACUGCGUCCGUCAGCGCCAUUCUCGUCAACAUUCCCCAGACUCAGGCAGCCUACAAUGCCUCCAAGGCAGCUGUCGUCCACCUCGCAAAGAGUCUGGCCGUGGAAUGGACAGAAUUUGCCAGAGUUAACUGCAUUUCGCCCGGCUUUAUCAUGACAGAAAGUGAGGAGCGCUCCUGA